AGACAUUCUCCUAUUAAUUUGCAUAGAUCAGUCUGAAAGGCGGCUAAGGAUGGUCUACGCUUCUGGUUCCGCUGUUUCUUCUCCCUUUCCUUUCGAUUUCUCGCUUUUUAAAGGAUUCUAGGUGCUCUUUUCCCUCAGAAUUACCAACCUCGGUGCUGUGAACUCGAGGUGUUCCUUUGACAGAAUACAAUGCAAUCCGGUUUCGACAUCAAAAAGUGGCAGCAAGAAGCAAAGACUCGCUGGCUGAAACCUUCUGAAGUUUUCUUUAUAUUGCAGAAUCAUGAGAGAUGCUCACUGUCACAUGAGGCGGCCAAUAAACCACAGAGUGGCUCUUUGUUCCUUUUCAACCGAAGAGUGCUCCGAUUUUUUCGUAAAGAUGGUCAUGUGUGGCGAAAAAAGAAGGAUGGAAGGACUGUUGGAGAAGCUCAUGAGAGGCUUAAGGUUGGGAAUGUUGAUGCAUUGAAUUGUUACUAUGCUCAUGGAGAACAAAAUCCUUAUUUUCAAAGGCGGAGCUAUUGGAUGCUUGAUCCGGCCUAUGAUCACAUUGUUCUUGUUCAUUAUAGGGAAGUGUCUGAGGGAAGAUACAUUUCUCAUACAAUAUCAAACGUCUCUCGAGAAUCUUCUGUGCUGAACCAAAGUACUAAUAAUAACAAUGCACAAUUUUACUCCUAUACAUCAGGUUCUAAUGAGUUGUAUGAACCAGACCGGAGUUCUGCCAGUCCAGUAUCUGUUGAAGAAGUUUGCUCCAAGUUUGUGCUAGAAAAUUUUGAGAACAAUCGCAUGAGUACUUUUGUUGGGUCAGAAAAACACAAUUCAACAUCAAAGUCCGAGGUUAAACUAGCACUCCGGAAGCUUGCAGAGCAAUUAAGUUUGGAUGAUGAUGAUGAUGGUUCCAUCUAUUUUGGAGAAAAGCUGCCUCCAUACAGUGCUGGAGAUGAAGGUUCACGACACUCAGGAGCUCUUGAUUAUGAGCCACUGGGUUUGAAUCAGGACACACCCGGGGACCUCCUUGAUGCGUACAUUUACAGGGAUUUGGUGCAUGGACAGAUUGAAGAUGUCAGUAAGCAGGGUGGCUUUAGUGCUGUUGACGUGCUUGAUGUUGCAGGUGAUACUGACAGUGAGAAGCAACAAAAUCAAUCAGAUAGUUCAGUUUACAGUACUGACAGCAGAGGACCUUCCUGGAGUUAUACGCUGGACCUAAGUUCUAAUUCAGAAGUAAUGGGUGCUUUUGGAAGAGAUGUUUCAUUUUUGUCUUCUUCACAACAGAAAACACAAUCUAUAGCUUUGAAUGAACCAUCAGAAAUUUUGUCUUGGAACCAGCUAGAUCAUGGAGAAAAUAGUGCAGGAAAUUUGCCUGAUGGUCGCCGAAUUUCUGAUGAAGAAUUAAGUUUACAGUUAUCAGCAACCAGAGAAUUUCUGUUGGGCUGUGAUUCACCUCUUCCAGAAGUGGGAAAACCUUUAAACUAUACUGAUCAAACUACUGAUCCUGAAGCAAGGUCCGCUAUGAUGCUCGGGAAAGAGAAUGGUACUGAUUGGAUAGGGUCUAUAACUCCAACUACCGAACAUAGCACAUAUUCUCUAGACUAUACAGGUUUGUGGUUUGAUCAAAACCAAUUUGGAACACUGCCUGCAGUUGAUUCAAGUUUAGCAGUCCCACAGAAACAGUGGUUCACCAUUUGUGAAAUCUCUCCAGAAUGGGCAUUUAUGUCUGAAAGGACCAAGGUUAUUAUUACUGGAGACUUUCUAUGCAAUACUUCAGAGUGUUCAUGGGCAAUUAUGUUCGGUGAAACUAAAGUUCCUGCAGAAAUUGUUCAAGCAGGUGUGCUCCGCUGCUAUGCUCCUCUGCAUUUAACUGGGAAGGUCAACAUGUUUGUCACGUCCAGGGACGGAGUACCCUGCAGUGAAGCACGAGAAUUUGAAUUUCGUGUGAACCCAAGUACCUUCAAUGGAAAACCCACUUCAGAACUCCAAUAUUCAAGAAAAGAUUCUCAGGAGCUUAUGCUACUGGUUAAAUUGGUAAAUAUGUUAUUUUGUAGUUACGACGGUCACUCAACUCCAAUCCUCAACCUCGGAACAGAAGUUGAAACUUUCAGAGAAAUUAAACCGACUGAGAACAUGUCAGAGCAGUCAGCUAUCAUGGAUUUGAUUGUGCAAGAACUUUUAAAGGAUAAGUUGCAGCAAUGGUUGUUGUCCAGACGUCAAACAAACAAAAGCACAAACUGCCCACUAUCCAAACAAGAACAAGGCAUUAUACAUGUAAUUUCUGGUUUGGGAUAUGAAUGGGCAUUAAACCCAAUUUUGAGUUCCGGUGUUGGCAUAAAUUUUCGUGAUUCAUAUGGAUGGACCGCCCUUCAUUGGGCUGCUCGCUUCGGAAGGGAGACAAUGGUGACUGCUCUGCUUGCGGCCAAUGCAUCAGCUGGAGCAGUGACAGAUCCAACCGCACAAGAUCCAGUCGGGAAAAAUCCAGCUGCAAUCGCUGCUGCCUGCGGUCACAAAGGUCUAGCAGGAUACCUUUCCGAAGUUGCCUUAACAAGUCAUCUUUCAUCACUCAUUCUUAAGAAAAGCGAAAUUACUGAAGCCGGUGAAGUUGAGGCAGAAAGAGGCAUAGAACAAAUAUCUCAGAAAAAUGCCGAAACGAAUGUCUGUGGUACAGAAGCUCAGCUUUCGUUCCAAGAUACUUUGGCAGCUGUUAGAAAUGCCACUCAAGCUGCGGCACGCAUACAAUCUGCUUUCCGUGCUCACUCUUUCAGGAAACGGCAACAGCAAUCCGCUUCAAGUGAAGAUGAGUAUGGUAUGACUCAAGAGGAAAUACACAGGCUUUCAGCUGUAUCAAAGGUUCACAGGCCUCGUGAUCAAUACUUCGAUAAAGCCGCAUUAUCAAUUCAAAAGAAGUAUCGAGGCUGGAAAGGACGUAAGGACUUCCUAACUUUGCGUCAAAACGUGGUGAAGAUACAGGCUUAUGUAAGAGGACAUCAGGUAAGAAAGUACAAGGAGGUUCUCUGGACUGUUGGUAUUGUAGAGAAGGCCAUUUUGCGGUGGCGUAGGAAGAGAGCUGGUUUAAGGGGGUUCCGGGCUGAACCGGAUGCCAUAGACGAGGAUGAUAAUGACGAAGACAUAGCUAAGGAUUUCCGCAAGCAAAAAGUCGAUGCAGCUCUUGAUGAGGCUUUGUCAAGGGUGCUAUCCAUGGUAGACUUCCCCGAGGCUCAGCAACAGUACCGCCGCUUGCUCGAAAGUUAUCGCCAAGCAAAGGCGGAGGCCGAUGUAAGCAAUGCAGAUGAAGUGACAAGAAGGCUUGAAGAAAGUCUAGAGAUGCUGAAAAACGAAAACUAUUACAUGUACCAGCAGUUCAAAUAGAAAAGAAUCCGAUGUUCAUCGUAAUCAGGUUUUCAAGUAUAUUUAGUGUCAGCAUUAUGUGAUUGUGGGCAUAUAGUGUUGCUCUCCACUGAUGAUUUUUUCCUUUUUAAUGUAAAUUUUCUUGUGUAUAUUAGUUAAUAGUUUGAUAGGAGAUGUGGUUUGAUUUAUAGAGUGCAAAUGAUGAUGAAACAGAGAUGUGUGUUAAGGUUUGAGACUGGAAAUUGAUGUAAAACAAGAAUGGCAAAAAAUUAUAUUAAUGUAAAGGUUUUAUUUCAUUA